AUGCCGAACUCGACAGUCUCUAUAUCUAACUUUUAUAUGCUCGUUCUAUUCAGCUUGCUAAGUAUCCAAGCUAUCAAGGCCGACAUGUCACCUAACCGGGUCGAUUUAAAAAACGUCCAAGGCGAUAUUAUCAUUGGUUUGCAAAAACGUUACGAGGCGUUCUGGUUUUGCAGUUUGAAAUCAGACCCAGGAUCAAUCGAAGGUUUUCGUAGAAAAUUGAAAAGCGACUUACUUCCGUUGAUCACAACGACGCAAGGCGUGAUUGACACACAAAGGGUUAUAGAUGAUUAUCAACAAAACCUGGAAGAAGGGGAAGCCAAAAAAUGGCUUCCGAUUACGCACGUUAAUUUAGGAUUUACUUAUGAUGGAUUGGAGAAGUUGGGCUUGAAGGCCGAGGAGAUCCCUAACGGCAAGAACGGAGUAUUUUUAAAAGGUCAAAAACUUGAUGCCAUCGACAACUUGGGAGACCCGGUAGAUCAAGCAGCGAAAAAAUUAAAAACAUGGUCUGAUGAUUUUUUGGAUGAAGUUAACCCGAUCGAUUUCGUCGUCUUGAUCACUGCCCCAAACUCGAAUUUACUAGAUCAAAAACUGGACCAGGUCCGCAGGAUGUUGGAUGGGUACUUGUCUAGAUCUUUUCUUCGCCAGGGUAAUGUCAGGCCUGGUAAUCAGUAUGGUAAUGAGCAUUUUGGAUACCCGGAUUCGAUUUCCAUCCCGAAGAUCAAAGGUGUAAAUGCUCGACCGGAAGAUGAAAAAGCCGGGAUAGUUGAACCAAAUGUGAUCUUACUAGGCUACCCCUCUCCCAAUGGGAACAACACUGAUCCCGAUUCCAAUCACGCAUGGCUCAAAGAUGGCUCGUUUAUGGUUUUCCGACAGCUCCAACAACUCGUACCCGAGUUUCAAACCUUUUGUGUUGAGACCGCUGAAAAAUUUGAACACUUGAACAUAUCUGGUGAAUUUAUUGGUGCUAGAAUCAUAGGCAGAUGGAAAUCAGGAGCACCGCUGAGCUUGGCUCCCAACGAGGAUAAUCCAGAAUUGAAAAAACAAACCCACGCAUUGGUGCUCGACCCAACGCAGAUCACAACCUCGUCUUACGUCGCCUGA